UGACAAUGACAAUGCUUUUUUAGGUACAUAGAUUAAUAAGUUUUGCAUAAAUAUAGAAUAUAGAGUUUCGCGCGGCUGUGAUUGGUCGAGCAACCAGUGAGCCUGAGACGAUAUUGGAGCGGUGAUUAUGAGGUUUUUAAAACUUUGCCAGAUCGAAAGACUACAACAAUUGUUCACCUCAGGCCGGGUGAAUAUGGGAAAUCUACUACUACAACAACAUGAUUGUUCACUGCACCUCAGGCUCAGUGAAUAUGGUGAAUCUACUACUACAACAUUUACUAUGAAAAAUUAUAGAAAGAUUCGAUUCAGGAUCAAACCCUUUUAUUUUGACGAAAGCUAUUUAAUAGCUGUUUCUGAGAGAGAUAAAAGUUAACUACAAAUUAUCCAGCCCUCCCCCCCAAAAAACCUGCCUUAGACGUCUUGAACAAGUGCUUAAAAUGGAGAAUGUCAAAUGGUAUGUUAAUAUUGAUUCCAGAGUUUUCGAUGGACAAAGCAGCGUGCCAAGUUCCCUACCAGUACUAGAUCUGAAUGUUUUGUUCGUGGACCGACCCGGCAGAAAAUGGGAUAGAUUGCAGACGAAUUUUGUUUGUCGAUGUUAACUGUCAAGAUGCGACGGUGCUUUAUUGUCGUUUUUCUUUGUUUUGYGAAAACCCAAAUUAUGGCAUCUCCGUUGGUUAUUAAGACAAAGCUAACAGAUUCCAGUGUUCUGGUUCCACCCUUAAGUAAUUCCUCUUCGUUGGUGUACGUAAAAUUUAGUGAGUGCUGCAAUGAAUAUCCCGCGGCAUGUGAGGACAGAGAUGCCUUUGAACGAAUCAGGAACAGUUUAAAUCACAAACUGAACAAAAUGAACAACUUAUGGGUUCUAGUUARGAAAAGUUUACCAAACGAAACGAUCGCGUUGCGGCGGAGGUCAAAAUCAAGGGAUACUUACAAAAACCUACGAGUCAAGAGAUAUCCGUCAAUGGGGUCUUYGAAAUCAAAAUCAUUUUUAAAGUUAAAAGGGAAAGAAGGAAGAAAACGAAAAUGCCUGAUGACAAGUAUGACAGUCAAACAAGAGGGACAGCUACCAUUGAUCGAAUGUCAUCAGCGGCAAGAGAUUCUGCGGAUCAAAAGGGACCUCGAAGAAAGCAUAACUCUUGCUUCAGACAUGUACAAUGAUAUCGCAACAAUUGGACAAGAAUGUAGCCAAGUACGUGAUUUAGCAAAAGAAAGUGUCAUCAGGAUUAAAAACUGCAARGAGAUAGCUAAAGAAAUGAUUAAGAUGGUCCACAUGUUGUUGUAAAAUAACAACAGAUAACACCCCCUGUUAUAUAUAAUGUAUUUUAUCCCCUGCUAUACUGACGAUCUCCUUUCCGAACUCCUAUUUGAACUACUAUAGGAGUGUCCUUGAGGUGGGGCCACCUUGAUACAUUUUUUUUUUGAAUAAAAAAUGCCUUACCAACCAUCAA